GUGGGAUCUACCUGAAUUUUUACUGUAAAUAUGGAAAUAUGUAGAGAGACCGGAUUUACUGUUGCACUGAAGCGAAUUUAAUCUGUUACUCUAAUUUUAUCUUUGCUGAUAACGAAGCUUAUAAUCUGUGCAGGCUUGCACCUGCGCAGCAAUUUUGCAAAUUGAGUUCAAAGUUUGCUGCUAAGUGAUUUUUUAUGCUAACAAGUCGCACACGAAAAUGCCACUAAAUUUCGUUAGAUUCGGCGAGUUUGGGGAGAAGGACGAAUUAGUUUUGAUUUACACGUCUAUCCGACGGUCGCUUAUUACAACCGGAGGUGUACAGAUUGGCUUGGCGAUCAUUGAACUGAUUUCCGCCAUAAUACUAGAAUUUCAUAGUAAUCAAUACAAGGAUGGCGAUACAAAAAAUGAUGUCGAAAAAUACAACACUAUCGACAAUCCUACAGCCGGACAUGUCUUCGGUUACAUAACCAUUCUAACCAUGUUGUUAACCGGGGCAUUAGGAAUAUUCUUCGGAUUCUUAUGCCGCAUGAUAAACUCCAUUCAAAUGAUUGCACCCCAAGUGAAAAAAGCUAAAGCCCUGGCCAGAACGUAUAUGUGUUUCCUGGCGGGACUUUUUAUAGUCGCUGCGGUCACGGUCGGGCUGGAAUUAUUCUCGAUGAUCAGCUUCCGUACUCUGCCGACAGCAAACGAGGAAAUUCCUAAACAUUUUCCUUUCUCGUCAGCCAUGAUCAUCGUGUUUUGCUGUGCAAAUUUUCUUUUCGGCAUUGUUCCAUUAUGCGGACUGUAUCAUAAUGUAGCAUCGUUGUCUGAAGAGGAAAAAUCUUUAGCCAAAUAGCUUCCAUACAUGCAUGUACCGACCGACUUUCCUGGUGAUCCCAGGAGUGAACUGUGCAGUAUUGUGAUGCAGUUUUAAACUGUUACAGUAGUUGUAGACAUUUGUUACGUAUAUUGUGCAAUAGUGUCGCUUACAAUUAGAAUAUACGCUUAUUAUUGUUAUUAUUAAAUUGUUAACCCGG